AUAGUGAACCAGCAAAGGCUGUUCAAGCUGCUGCCUGUCCCCACGUUCACGCGCAAGUUCAUCACCAUUACAGAGCCGAUCUUGCGGAGUAUCCUCCUAUCUGCCGAAAUUCCUACGAAAGGUAUACUGAACUGUUUUGACUACGCUUUCGAUUUGGCAAAAGUUCGGGCUGGCAGGUAAGUUUCUGAAAUAUUGUCGUUGCACACUUGUAUUCUCUAACUUUAUCGAACGUUGAUUCAUCCUUAGUGGCACCAAUUUCGCCGACAUGGUCUCCACAGACGGAUAUGGUUGCAAUGUGCACUUUUUUCGUACCAGACGAUCCGAUGAGACCUUACCUGACCUCGAGGAUAAUGACUUUGCCAUUUGGGAACUCCCCUACCUUCGUGUAUGGGGAGCAGAUCCAGGAAUGACAGACGUCUUCGUAGCUUCCGAUGGCGGGACAUUUGCCCCGAACGAUGGCGAUGCGGUCCCGGAUUCACCACCCCAUGAAAUUCGGAGAUUCUCGACGGUGGAAUUCUACACCAAAACUCAAUACAAGCAUUCGACAAUCUGUAUACAGAAUUGGAAAAUGCGUUCCCAGGUGUCGGAGCUGGAGCAAAGCAUUGCCACGUCGAAAAUUACGAAUUUGCAAGCAGCCAGACUGUUCAUCGCCAGUAUGCUUACGACCAUGGGGCGCCUUCUCUCAUUUUACGACCAAAGAUUCACCAAGCUCCGAUUUCGGCGCUAUGUCAAGGAACAACAAUCGUUAAGUGAACUGGCCAACGUUUUCGUCACGGGUGGAAAGAAGUACGGACAGGUUGCCGCGGCGCAGAAGGCUCGCCAAUUGGCAGAGCAGCAACGAUGUUUACAGUCCUCAAUGGAGAUUGUCCGAAAUGAGUAAGUUUUUUUUUUUUUUUUUUUUUUUUUUUUUGGCAAAUAAAAUCGCAAUCGGAAGGAAAGAACUAAGAAUCCGUGCAUAGAAAAUGGCGAAAAAGCCCUAUAGCGAAUGAUUGGACACUCCCUGUUGUUGGACUGGGAAAUGCUGGUUUCCCUGUUACGAUGAAAGGCAAGAUUAGCG